GAUUUGUUAUGAAAAAGUAAAAAUUAUUAGUAAACAGUUUACGUAACAGUUUAUUAAAGACUUCAUCAAUUUUACUAAAAACUUUGUUGAUCACUGACUAGUACCAGUAUUUAUAAUUCUAAUUAUUAGAGUAUUUUUAUUUAUUAUUUACUAAGAGCUCAUAUAAAAAAAUAUGUAGUUGUAAAUAGUAAUAUAUAUAACAUGGACCUGGAAGGAAUAUUAAAUGACAAAUUAAAUACUGGUGAUAAAGUUGUGGUGUUUCACGAAGGAGUACUGUUACAAAGUUGGUCUCCCAAAACGAAACGUUUUAUAGCUUUGGUAGAACGAAACUCUUCUUUUGGUGUAUUUAUUUUUACAUCAUCAAAAACUCCUCCAAGAGCUUUCACUGAUCUUACUACUAAUUUUGUUUUACCAAUAGAUAAUGAUUUUAAAUGUGAUGUUGAUACAAUUUCUGAUAGAACUGAAAAUGACAUAUGUAUUACAUUAUCUUCUAAAGAUAUCAAAAUAUUUGUUGGAAUGCAAUCAGGUGAUGUUACAAGCCAAUUUUUUAAUGAGAUUUCCAGAGCUAUGAAUUAUUAUUUGAUAAAUCAUCAGUCUUUAGAUUUUUUUUGGCUUAAAAAGUACCAUUUUAGUGAUAUUGAUUUGGAAUUUGGAGUAUUAAUGAAUUUAAAUGGAGAAAAAAAUCAUAUUAAUUCAAAAAUCACAGCUAAUAUGGUUAUGGUGGACAAUGAAGUAUUGCUUUCAAGUAGUACUCAUACACCUAAUUCACGCGAAAGUGUUGUGCAACAUCAGAUGCUUUUAAAUGAAAAACAUUAUACUUAUGAAGAAAUAUUUAGAAUUUUUAUUGGAACUUGGAAUGUCAAUGGCCAAUCUGCUACAAUAUCACUCAAUGACUGGCUAGUUUCUGAUCCAGAAUCUCCUGAUAUUUAUGCUAUAGGAUUUCAAGAACUUGAUCUUAGCAAAGAAGCAUUUCUUUUCAAUGAUUCUCCCCGAGAAGACGAAUGGUUGCAUGCUGUUACUAAAAGUUUAGAAGUUAGUGGAAAUUAUAAGAAAGUAUCAUUGGUCCGAUUGGUUGGUAUGAUGCUUAUAGUUUUUGUAAAAAAAAAACAUAUGGAUCAUAUAAAAAAUGUUGCAACAGAUUCUGUAGGUACAGGAAUCAUGGGAAAAUUAGGUAAUAAAGGUGGAGUUGCUGUUCGAAUGGAUUUUCAUAACACAUCAUUUUGCUUUAUUAACUCACAUUUAGCAGCACAUGUUGAAGAAUAUGAAAGGCGGAAUCAAGACUAUCAUAAUAUUUGCUCUCGUAUGGUUUUUUCUAACUUUACACCUCCCAAAUCAAUUAAAGAUCAUAAUCAAGUGUUUUGGUUUGGAGACCUUAACUAUAGAAUAACAGAAAUGUCAGCAAAUUCUGUUAAAGAAAUGGUGAACAAAAAUAAUUUAAAAACUAUUUUAGAGUUUGAUCAGUUUAAACAACAACACCGAAUUGGUAAUGUCUUUAAAGGUUAUAAAGAAGGUCCAAUUAAUUUUGUUCCAACUUAUAAGUAUGACCCUGGUACUAAUGAGUGGGAUAGCAGUGAUAAAAAUCGAACUCCUGCAUGGUGUGAUCGCAUAUUGUGGCUAGGAAAUUCAAUUAAACUACUAAAUUAUCGAAGUCAUCCAAAUUUGUUGAUAAGUGAUCAUAAACCAGUUAGUGCUUUAUUUGAGUCUAAAGUUAAAGUUGUAGAUUCCGUUAAAUAUAGAAAAAUCCAUGAGGAUAUUAUGAAAAAACUUGAUAAAGUUGAAAAUGAAUUUUUACCCCAAGUUAUGGUUGAUAAUACUGAAAUUAUUUUUGACAAUGUUCAUUUUAUGGAACCUCAAAAUAAACAACUAACAGUUGCAAAUACAGGACAAGUGCCUGUACAGUUUGAAUUUAUUAGAAAAUUAGACGAUUCCACAUACUGUAAAGAAUGGUUACAAAUUGAACCAUUUAUGAGUUUCAUUGAUCCUGGAGAAAAAUGUGAUGUCUCAUUAGAAGUUUUAGUGGACAAAAGAUCUGCCUAUAAGAUGAACAGCGGUCAAGAUCAAUUAUAUGAUAUAUUAGUUUUACAUUUAGAAGGAGGCAAAGAUAUUUUUAUUACAGUUACAGGUUCUUAUGAACGUAGUUGUUUUGGAUGUUCUCUAGAAACAUUAUGUUACUUAAAAGUACCAAUCAGAGAAAUACCACCAGGAAAACUUGUGGAAUUAGAAAACAAUAAAAGUAAUUUGGCUUUAGAUCCAUAUCCAGUACCUAAAGAAAUUUGGUACUUAGUUGAUCACUUAUAUAGACAUGGAUUAAAACAACAACAUUUAUUUGAACAAUGUGGUUUAAGAUCUGAAUUCAUUCAAAUUCGUAACUGGUUAGAUACUGGUUCAUCUGAAGUCAUGCCUGGUAGUGUUCAUUCUGUUGCUGAAACUUUAUUGAUAUUACUUGACAGUACAUCAGAACCAAUCAUUCCUUUUAAUUUACAUUCUGCAUGUUUAUCAGCUGUAUCCAACUAUAAUCAAUGUAAACAGAUUAUUUCACAACUUCCUGAACGAAGUAAGAAUGUGUUCCUAUAUCUCUGUGCUUUUUUACAAGAACUUUUAAAUCAUGUAAAUGACAAUGAUUUGGAUGUUAAAACAAUUGCUUCUGUUUUUGGUGAAAUAUUUAUCCGUGAUCCUCCUCGAUCACGCUUAGAUAAAUCUGGACAGUUUAGAAAUGCAAUGUCAAGGAAAAAAACAAGCUUUCUUUAUCACUUUCUAGUCAAUGAUCAAAGUGAUUUAAUUAUUGGUAUUGCGUGUCACACUGUAUAGAAAAAUUUGUUAAAUCACACUAGGAGAAACGGAGAAAAAAUGAAUGACGAAUUUACAAAAUUAACAAUGUUUGAUUCAGCAAAGAAUAUUUAAACAACACAAAUUUUUGUAUAAAACAAACAAUAAAUAAUUUGCAGACCAACACGCAAAGCAAAACAUGAAAAAUAUUAACUUGUCCUGUGACCAGUAGUCAAUUAAGCAUUGCAGAACUGACUGUUGCCAGAGUGGACAAUAGAACAAGUCAAUCGGCUGAACGUUAUCUAUUAUAUACAUACAUAAACAUCAAAAAUAUCAUUAUACACAUUUAUAUUGGAAAUAUCUAACAAAUUAUAAUUUUUUUUUAUUUUUUAUAAACAAAAAUGUUUAAUAGUAAUCUUACA